AUGGCAAACAUUUCACAGUGCUUCUACUGUUUUGAAACCCUGCUAGCCUCUUAUGAGGAUCGGGAACCCCCCGCAUUGGGCGUUGUAGAGACUCUGUGGGAGCAGCACCAGCAUUCAAAGAAACUUUUCCAUUUGGGGAAUCAACUCAAAGACGGUGAGGACAGCGUUGCCGUGAGUGCUGGAACCGAAGCAGACCAAUCUGUCGACGACGCGGAUACCGAUGCAGACGCCGAUUUCUCACGGGGUACAAGGGUAGUUGACGGCUCUCGGGGCUUGAGACCAUCCCUCAUCAGCCGUCUACAGAGUCAGACCUCGUCGGACUCAUCCAGUCUUGCUACUACUCCGUCUCGCGCAUCUAAUGUCUCUUCACAUUCUGGAGGCUCUAGCAGCACGGCCGCCACAACCCCAAGCGCUCAGUCGGAGCGGAUAGGCGCAAGAACCCUGUCCAUCGAGCAGCGGUAUCCGCUUUUUGUCACCUGGAAAACCGUUUCUCGGGGCCACAAAUCCUUACGAGGCUGUAUCGGCACUUUUGAGGCACAGGAUCUGGAAGUUGGCCUAAAGUCGUACGCCUUGACUUCGGCCUUUGACGAUACACGGUUUUCCCCCAUUCCUCGGUCUCUCUUGCCAUCUCUCUCAUGCUCUCUCACCCUCCUAGGCUCGUUUGAACCCUGCACCAACGCCAUGGACUGGACCCUGGGAACCCAUGGGAUUCGAAUUUCCUUUAUUUACCGUGGUCGACGGUAUGGAGCAACCUUUCUCCCGGAUGUCGCCGUGGAGCAGGGCUGGUCCAAGGAGGAAACAGUCGAGAGUCUGAUGCGCAAAGCAGGAUGGGAUGGAGGCUCCAGUGGAGUCGCGCGCCGUCUGCUUCGUACCGGAUCAAGCUCAAGCCACAGUGCCAAGCCGUGGGAACAGGUGUCUGACUUUCGAACUGUUCGGUAUCAGGGCCACAAAGCCAGUGCCGAUUACGAAGACUGGCAGGAAUGGCGGAAGUGGGUACUGUCGCUUGACGAGGGACCGGAACUUCUCGGAUCUACCUGA